AGAGAAUACUUCAAAGAAGCUAUUUUUUUUUCUACGCCUACCUUUAGCUUUUUCCCUCUUUUCUGCACUCAAUCCCAACCACAAAAAAGAAAAAGAGGCGAAUUUGUAAGCAACAAAAAGAACUAUCAAAAGCUUUAUUUUUCGCUUCGUUUUUUCGUCUUUUUGUUAGGCUAAUUUUUGUUUUCUUCUAGCUUAUCCAAACCGUAUGUGUUUUUUCUAUUAUUAUUUGAAGGCCUUCUUACAACAUAAAACCCUUUAUUUUUUCCCUUUCCUGCCUUUCAAUACACACAGCUCCUGAAAUAGUAGUUAUUUAGUGGCCUUUUGGAGUUAAAUCUAAUUCAAAAGAAAGUGAUUUUGUUGGCACUCUAAGUCGGAGUUUUAAUUUUCAUUUUCGCAACUGCACAUUAUGGGUAUUUCUGGAUUUGGAAUGUCGCACGCCGAGAAGGAAUGUGACUUGGUUCCAUUACGUAAAGAAUUCGAGAAAACCAAGGUCGUUCAAGAAAGCACGUAUAUCACCUUCAAAGGCUUGGAGACGCACGAUGUUUACAACUGCUGCUGCCCCUUCACCAUCGAUGGCGUGCGCUAUAUGUCCGGUCGCUGCGAGCGCCGCAACGAAUGGGUAAACUCUUUUGUUCGUCUGUUCCGUGAAACCGGAAAGGAUGAGUUUACGCUCGUCGAGCACGCGAUGCAAUGGCAACUGGAGGAUCCCUUCAUUGUGAAGAUCCAGGGUGAGGCCCUUUUCGGCGGUGUCCGCGUAACAAAAGACCACGGAAAAGUGAGUGACUACUUCUGCGACUUCUACCGCGGUGAUGUGCAUGACUUGCAUUACUUCACCUCCGGCCCCAAGAAGAUGAAGGAUAUCCGCCUUGUCACUCUUGCGAACGGCAAGAUCGGCAUUUUUUCUCAUCACAAGACACCUACGACCUGCACCACCGGCUUCAUCACGAUCGACUCGUUAGACGAUCUCUCCUCCGCUGUGAUCGAUGCGGCAAAGCCGAUUGAUCACACCCUCUUUGGUGAUGCAUGGGGUGGUGUUAAUCAGCCCUACCUUCUGUCCACGGGCAAGAUCGGUUGCAUCUCGCACCACGGCUACCUCGACAAAGAUGCGCAGGGCGAGACGAUCAACGUGUACUGCAUCACGUCCUUCGUGUACGAGCCUUCUACCAACAAGUGCUACGACUUUAAGAUCAUCGGCACGAAGAACUGCUUCCCUGACUACCCGGCUAAGGCGCCGAAGCUGAUCGACUGCGCGUUCGUGUCGGGUAUCGUGAUGCGCGAAGAUGGCAAAUGCGAUCUCUACAGCGGUAUUGGCGACACACGCGAGGGCCGUAUGGUGAUUGAUUACCCGUUUGAGGGUCACGGGAAGAUAGUGGACAACCUUGACUUUUGA